AACACUGCGGCGAAGAGAAAGGUAACCCUAGACACUUUCUAUUUUCUGAUUGCGUUGUUGUCGAGAAAACUUUGGCAAAAAAAGAUUUUUCAUAACGAUUGUAAAAAAAAAGCAUACAAAUCCAAGGUUCAAGUUGCGAAACUGAAAACCCACCAGCAAAGCAGGAGAACCAGCAGCGAGUAGAAAAUCGAAGAGAUUCCACGCGAUGGCCGAAGUGGAGAAACCGACGGCCGCACCGCCGACUGACAUUCCCCAGGCCACGCCUACAAAUGUUAGCCCCAAAGGUUCGCCAACGGAUGAAGCAACUGUGGAGCUGGGCACCUCGCCCACCCAGGAGCCUUCGAGCAACAACUCGCAUCCGCACGACUCCGAGUACGAUACGGCCAGCGACUUGGAAGGAGGUGACGAUUACGACGACGAUGAGAGCGUUAGCCGGAGUGGUAGUGGCAGCCGAAGCGGCAGUGGCAGUGAAGAGGAGACGGAGACUGAUGAGGAGGACGACGCCGGGAGCGAGACGGAUGAUGGUGACGGAGAGCACGCCUUGGACCGCUCAGUUACCGAUAGUGAGGCCCAGAAGAAAGUAGACGAGGAUCGCAGCAAUCCUCAGUAUAUACCCAAAAGAGGCACAUUCUAUGAGCACGACGACCGAACCGCGGAGGACGUGGGCGAAGUGCUAGUUGAGCCGGAGAACAGCGUUCAACAGCAGCCUGAACAUAAUGGAGAACAAAAUAGCUCGGCUGCAACUGGAGUCACACCUUCGGGUCAAACCCCACAAAUUUCGCAGGCUUCUAAGACGAUGCGCAAGUGGCAGCCGGCAUCGGGAGGAGAUCGUUGGUCCCACGACCGUUUUGAGGCCAGCGAACAGGCGCCUAAAACACGGGCCGAACUAUUGCAGACGUACGGAUACGACAUCCGAAAUGAAGACGCACCGCCUCGUGCCCGUCGCCGACGGCGCUAUACACGAGGCCCAAGCAAAUACUCAAGAAACUGGGAGGACGAGCAGGCUUACCUUAAGGCGAGUAACAAGGAGAGGAAGUUACCGCGUCCUCAAGACUUCCCGGCGCUGAACGAGAGGAAACCUCGAGUUCCGCGCACUUCAUCCUUACGCGAGGAAAAGGAGAAUCGCCGAUCCGCUGGCACUGGAAGUGCUGUAGUUGACAAACAGCAGGCUCCACCUGCCAGCUCCAAUCCCCACAAGUCACAGGAAAGGGAGAGGGAGCGGGAUCGUGAACGUGACCGCGACCGUGAGCCUAAAAACCGAAAUUACGGACGAAUGAACGGAGGACCGGGACGGCAAAAUGCCAUGGAGUUCAAGCCAAAGUCCAAUCGUGGACAGCAGCCACGUGAGAGAGAACGAGAACAAGACAACCGCAACCAAAUUCAGAGCACACCACGCUCCAAUCAGCAGCAGCAGCCGCAACAGCAGCCGCAGCAGCAAAAGCAACAGCAGCACCAACAGCGCCAGCCACCGCAGCAGCAACAACAACAGCAGCUGGCGCCCCAGACACCGCUUUCGACAACCAACCUUUCGCAGCGACUCCAACAAGUGCAGCAGCGAAACGAUCCUAGCCACGUUGGUAGUGUCCAGAUGCACUCGGUGGCCAGUCAGAACCAGAACCAACAGCAGCCGGCGCCCUUGCAUCAGGAGCCAAGGAAUGCUCCAAAGCGGUACAGUCUGCGACGCUCUCAACAAGAAGCGAACCAACAUCUCGCUGAGCAACAACAGCAGCAGCAGCAGUUGCAACAACAACUGCACCACCAGCCCCCAUCACAGAUCAUGAUCCAGGACCCCCAUGUGCUCAUGCAGAUAGCUUACCAGCAGCAAGAGCUUCAAGCUCAGCUGCAGACGAUGCAAUUGGGACCAAACACGGCGGGGACGGUGCCAGCGCCUCCCAAAUCUCACGGUCCUCCGGCAGCCGCAUACCCUCAGGCUCAGGGAGCACCCUACUACGUGACGGGAACGGAGCCGGUACCGGUAUCGGUACCAGUGCCGGUGCCUGUGCCUGUUCCACAGACGCCGUAUGUAAAUCCGGCCAGCGCCGCAUACUUGCCAACUACUCCGGCAGCUGUAGCCUACGCCCAGGCGCAGACUCCUGCUGCGGCACCGCCUUCAGCUCAGGCACCACAAGCUCAGCCAUCGCAAUCCUAUCAGAACUACAACACAGUCGGAGGAACAACAUACUUUGUGCCGCCAGCACAGCCCACUAACCGGCCUACUUCACUGCCCCAACGAAGACCAACCAAUGCGAUUCCCAUUCUGCCGCCAUCUGAGAAACACAAGUCAAGACCGGGACAGGGUGGAGCUGCCUCAGCCGGAGCAACUAAUUCGGGCGGUAAUGGAGGAACUGCAGCUAAUGCCAAGGAAGAAGGAGCCUCAGACAACAUAGACCAUAUUAUCGACAAUAUGUUUGUGCAGCGACCGGCUUUCCAGACAUCGGGAACUGGGGAAGGCGCAGCCACUGCUGGAGCUCCUGCUUCAAAGGACGAUGUACCACCUGCCCCAGCUGGUGAACAAAACCUACAGGCGGUUGCGGCAUCUGGGCAGGAAUGAGUGCACCUCUAUGCCAGCGUGCAGCAGCGACGAGUUCAACGGAGAGCACCUAACCCAUCCUCGGGCUUCUCGCUGCUGUCGCCGAACGCUGGCUACUUUCGGCCUCCCAAUCCGUCGCACUAACCAAGACGUACUCAGCUCAUCGAAGCUUUUUUUUUCCCCCAUCCCCCCAUUCUUAUUGUCGGGUCUGGGACUCGAUAAACUCCAUUUGAUUUGUAGAAACACAGUAAGCAAGUGUAAUUAGCAUUUAGCUCCCAGAUAAUCGAACUUACUAACGUCAAGUAUGCGUAUAUAGAAUGAAUAAUAAUCCGGCGUAAGCACCAUUUAAUUUGUAUGUAGCCUCUAGGACCAGCUGCGGCGCUCGCUUAUCAACUCUGAAGUCAUGAAGUGUUGAACGUAUUUGAGCGGCUGGGCGCUUAGCUUAUUUAGCCGCAUUUUAAAGUUGAAACACGUGAAAUGUAUUGAAAAUCUAAUCGAACAUUGAAUUUAAAUAAACGUUUAACACAAAACCACAAA